AUGAGUGUUGCUUUUAUUGAUGGUCCGAUGUUGACAAAAUUUGUCGAUGAUUCAGCAGCUUUUGAAAAAUGCAUGAAGGAAAGAUUUGACAUGCUAGAUGUAAACAAAGAUGGUGUUCUAUCACGUAAUGAACUUCAUAAUGACAUCAAUGACCUAUCUUCAGUGGAAUCCGCAUUGCAAUCCAAAGAAGAGGUUAAUAAUCUGUAUAAUGUAUUAUUUGAGAAAUUUGAUACCGAAAAGAAAGGCACACUUGAUAUUAAACAAUUUAAUUCAUUGAUGAAGGAAGUCAUGAUAGCUAAGGCUCAUGGUUUUGGUAAUACUCCGGUAUGCAUUAUUCUUCAGGCUGAUAGCUUGCUUCAGAAAGUUGUAUAA